AAGCAUGUCGGCUUGGAAUAUUGCAAAAAACAUCUAGACGUCCUCUGGAAGAAGAAAGACAAACCCUCGCGCCUGGAUCAGUGUUCGUGUAUGAUGAAAAUGAAGCCGGAAUUAAACGUUGGACCGAUGGAAAAUUAUGGUCACCAAGUAGGAUUUAUGGGGAUUUUCUACUUUAUCAAGAGCUGGAGUCACGCCUCAAUCACAUCAAGAAAUACGAAGAUCUUGAUGAAAAUAUUAGAGAGAGUAUUCAAAAAGAAAAUAAAAAGUUUCACGUGUCCAACAAAGGCACAUUUGUGUAUAGUAAUGAAGGUUUGGUAAAGAAAACCAUUUCAGCAAAUGUUGAUGGCAAUAUUCAACAUAUGAUCAUAUAUGAAGACAAGCAAGGUCGUCACGAUGAUUUAUAUCCACCUCAAGCUUAUGUUGAAUUAUCAAAUAUUAUGCCAAGUCCAGCAAUUACGAAAAGCGGAGCUUUACGCAAGACAACUACAUCAUCCAAAACCGGGAAUACCAAAUAUUCAUUGUCAAAAAUUCAAGAUAACCAAUUUAAAGACGACCAAUUUAAAGAUGACCAAUUUAAAGAUGAUCAAUUUAAAGACGAUCAAUUUAAAGAUGAUCAAUUUAAAGAUAACCAAUUUAAGGACGAAGAACAAAAAAUAAUAUUCACACUUCCAUCAAUUUCUUCCAAUCCAUUCAAUACAUUUCAAUUCCAAUCGAUUCAGAAUUUUUCUGGUAAAACAGAUACGUAUUCUCCUGUGGUCACGCCGGUUAAUGGAGUGUUUGAUAAUGGAGAACAUCAAACUUUUAGAGAUAUUUUACCAGGAGCGGUAUGCUGUCAUAAUAAGCCUAUUAUUAUGAGGGAACCACUUAUUCCUUCAUCUUUACCAUCACUUCCUGAUGUCAUCAAUCCGCAAUACUUUGAAGUGAUUGGUUACUCACGAUAUUAA